UGUGCGCAUGCGCAUGCCGUGUUGUCAUUCCGCUGGACUCGCACUGCUUCUGACGGGGAAACCGCUGCUGGCUGCAUUCGCCAUGAUGGAUGAUCUGGAGGAGGAUCUGACGUGUUCGGUGUGCUACGCUCUCUUCUCGGACCCCAGAGUGUUGCCCUGCUCGCACACCUUCUGCAGGAGCUGUCUGAAGAAUGUGCUGCAGGUCUCCGUCAGUUUCUCCAUCUGGCGCCCCCUGCGUCUGCCGCUCAAGUGCCCCAGCUGCCGCAGCGUGGUGGAGCUGCCCACUAACGGCGUGGACGCGCUGCCGGUCAACGUCUGCCUGCGGGCCAUCGUGGAGAAGUACCAGCGCGAGCGACCCCCCGCCUGCCCCGAGCACCCGCGCCAGCCUCUCAACGUCUACUGCGUCCAGGACCGCAAGCUCAUCUGCGGCUUCUGUCUGACGGUCGGCCAGCACCAAGGCCACGCCAUCGACGACCUCCAGACGGCCUGCGUGAAGGAACGCGGCGCCCAGAGCCGGCUGACGGAGAGCCUGCGCUGGGAGGAGGUCUGCGGUCUGGCCGAACGCCUGGCGCAGGAGAAAGAACGCAGCCACGCUUUGGUUCAGAAUGACCGCGAGGUCGUGUCACGGUUUUUCCAGGGCCUUGACCUCAUCCUGGCUCAGAAGGAGGAGCGGUUCCUGCAGGCUCUGGACCGGGCGAGCGUGCUGCUAGCCAGCGCUUACGAUCCGCUCAUCCAGCAGGUGAAGGACAUGCAGGAGCAGCACAGCGAGCUGCUGUCCCUCAUACAAGUAAACUACAUUACCCAUGAUGCCGGCUUCCCACAGUUCCAUAGACUUACUCUUGAGUAG